AUGGUCUGCAUCCGAUCUUUCUGCAUUUUGGGACUCGCUUCCAUGGGCACUGCCAGCGCCAUUGCGAGAGACGUGGUUCACGAAAACAUCGACAUACUGGCAAGGCAGACGCAAGAAUCGACUCCCCCCGCCAAAGAAGCGUAUUGCCUUCAAAACUAUUCCAUCAGUAUUGGAGAUACUUGCUGGGAUAUCAUUGCCCGGUUCAAUAACCAGUUCACGAUCGCCGAGCUUCUGUGCUGGAACUCGGAAAUCAACCCAAGUUGCUCCAACCUCAUCCCCGGUCGCAAUCUCUGCGUCGCAGUCGGUGCUUCCGCCCCCCAAUGCUAG